UUGUGCAGAGUUAUUUUCAACCGUUUCCAUCACUUGUUGUCGAGGUAGGUUUGGGUAGUGGAACAGUGACGACGGAAGUUUCGUCCAGUUAUGAUGAGAGUCAGUCCAUUCUUUACUUGGCAACAGAUAUUCAAUAUACUGCGUUGCAUAGCUUCAAGUUGAAAGCGACGGGUCAUAUUUUUGAAGUUAUUCAAAGUGAUUUGUUGACGUCUUUACGUCCAACUGACGACUGGAUGUGUAUCUUCAAUCCUCCUUACGUUUCAACUGAUGAAGAAGAAUACAAGCGAGGGCAAACUGAACAUUCGGGUGUUGCCACUUGGGCUGGUGGUAUUCUAGGACGGCAAGUGAUUGACCGUUUUUGCGAACAAUUGUGUGAAACAACUACAAACAGCCAUCGUGUCUUACUGUAUUUAUUGUUGGUGGAUACCAAUUGUCCUUCUCAAGUGUUGCAGUUUUUACGAGAUAAAGGUAACUUUGUCACUUUACAACUGGUGCACCGUAGAGUUGGUUGGGAAAGUAUUCGUGUUUAUCGUUGUUGGAAAACAUUCCCACCACAAUUGCAUUAAUCCAUUCUUGUCUACUAUUGGACUCAAAUGGAAUCCUCAACUGCCGUACCUAUGGAAGACGUCACAGAAGGUGCUGGUGGAAGUGAGAAACCGAGAAAGAGAUUUGAAGUAAAGAAAUGGAACGCAGUAGCGUUGUGGGCUUGGGAUAUUGUCGUAGAUAAUUGCGCCAUUUGUAGAAACCAUAUUAUGGACUUGUGCAUUGAGUGUCAAGCCAACCAAGGUUCUGCAACUUCAGAAGAAUGUACAGUGGCUUGGGGAGUAUGCAACCAUGCCUUUCACUUUCACUGUAUUUCUAGAUGGUUGAAGACACGACAAGUUUGUCCUUUAGACAAUCGUGACUGGGAGUUUCAAAAAUACGGUCGUUGAGUGUAGUGUUUAGGUCAACCUAGACAAAGGUUAGAAAUAGCAGCAAAGAAGCAGGCCUAGUGUUUGCUUGUUUUGGUCAGAAUAACACUUUCUUUCACAUUAUAUUUUUUCAGUGGAAAGAGAAGUCGUUUUACAAAGUUUGUGUUUCGUCAUUCCAAAUAAGAACUGCCUAUUUCUAUUGUAACGUACCUUGUGCCUUUUUAUCGUUGGGUUUCUGUACGAAAAAUAUCCCUGUUGUACAAAUUCUUCGUUUAGUUGGAGUGUUGUUG